UUCUCUCUUUGACUAUGAGAAUCUUUUUUAUUCUGGCAACUAUUAACCAGGCUGAAAGUGGGAAAUUGUUAGUGAUACCUCAAGAAGGAAGCCAUUGGCUCAGCAUGCGUGGUUUGGUGGAGAAGUUGUCCCACAGAGGACACCAGAUUCUUGUGGUUGUUCCUGAACCUAAUAUUUUCCUGAAUGAUUUGGGGUUUCCUGUGCAAACUUAUAGCCUGCCUUUCAGCAAAGAAUUGAUGGAAGACCAGGUAAAACAAGUGAGCAAAGAAGUGUUUGAAUAUAAAACAGUGCCUCAAAAUUUAAAGACUUUAUAUCAGAGAGUUACAAAUUCAGCUGACUGGCUAUUAACUUCAUGCAAGCUUUUUCUUCAGAAUGAAACACUCAUCAAAUAUUUGAAAGACGCCAACUUUGAUGUUCUAUUGAGUGACCCGGCUCUUCCUUGUGGUCAGAUUGUAGCUGAGUACCUCUCUAUUCCAUCUGUGAACUUCAUGCAUGGGACUCCUUUUGGCAUGGAUGAAGAAGCUUCUCAAUCACCUAGUCCACCUUCUUAUAUACCUAGGUUGUUCACAACGUACACUGACCAUAUGGACUUCAGCCAGAGGGCGAAGAAUGUUUUAGUCCGAUUACUUGAGUAUGCACUAUGUCAUAUGCUUUAUUCCCCCUAUGCUCGUGUUGCCUCAGAAUUCCUGAAAAGAGAUGUGACAUCUGUAGACCUUUUCAGACGAGCUUCUAUAUGGCUCUUGAGAUAUGACUUUGUCUUUGAGUACCCAAAGCCUGUAAUGCCAAACAUGGUUUUUAUAGGUGGCAUCAAUUGUGUCAACAGGAAACCAUUAAAGCAGGAGUUUGAGAAGCUUAUAAACAGUUCUGGGGAUCAUGGCUUUGUGGUUUUCUCUCUCGGAUCUAUGGUAUCUGAAAUCCCUAUGCAUAAGGCUAUGGACAUAGCGGAGGCUUUGAGAUCCAUUCCUCAAACGGUUAUAUGGAGGUAUACAGGACUACCACCUUCAAAUCUGGGUAAAAACACCCACCUAGUGAAAUGGCUGCCACAGAAUGAUCUGCUGGCUCACCCAAAGGCCCGUGCCUUUAUCACUCAUGCGGGUUCACAUGGGAUCUACGAAGGUAUUUGUAAUGCAGUGCCCAUGGUUCUGUUACCACUCUUUGGUGACCAAAUGGACAAUGCUAAGAGGGUUGAGUCUCGAGGAGGUGGAAUCACACUGAAUGUGUUAGACCUGAUCCCUGAAGAUCUUACCAAUGCUCUGGAAUCUGUGAUAAACAAUCCAAGCUACAAAGAAAACAUUCAGCGGCUUUCUGCUUUGCACCUUGACAGACCCAUCCACCCUCUGGACCUUGCUGUGCACUGGGUGGAGUUUGUCAUGAGACACAAAGGAGCUCCGCACUUACGCCCAGCUGCCCAUGACUUGAACUGGAUUCAGUAUCACUCCAUAGAUGUCUUUGCCUUUCUUUUUGCCAUAUUGCUCACUGCUGUAUUCAUCAGUAUUAAAUGCUGUGUAUUCACCUUUCGAUGCUGCUGUAGAAGAAAGUCCUCUAAAGGGAAGUCCAAGUCCAAAAAAGAAUAGAGCAAGCAUUUUUUUAGAAUAACAAAGUGAAGGGGUCUAUGUUCAGUGCAUACUAAAUGUUUGAAGCUU